AACAGCAAUCUUAUUUACACAUUGAUCCGUAAACGGCAAGUCUUCUACCAUCUGGCCAAUUUAGCUACUGAUGAGGUGAGUCUCCACGAGGUCACCAGUGUUCGCCGAUUGCCUUCAUCUGGUGAUCCGGUUCAUCACAGCGCCUUAUCAAAACAGCUUUCUGUUAAUAGUCGAGGCUACGGACACUGUCGCGACAAGAACAACGAAAAUCACCGAGUGUCGACCGCCAUAACCAGUCCCAACUCUUAUGAGUUCGAUUCAAACCCAGAGCAGAAUAAUCACUUAUCAACUAUUGCUUCUAAUGCCGUGACAAGUUCUACAUCAUCUCCUGGAGAUCAUGACCACAAUUUUGACUCCAUUGGAGAUGGUAUUGAAUCUGGUUCAACGCCCCACAGCAGAGCUUAUUUCGCAAGCAAACAAAAAGGAAUACCUAAGGCCGAUUUAGAUUCAAAGGAUAGCUGUCUUGAUCAAAUUAAACUGGAAGUCAUAUCGAGAAAUACUACCAGGAUGAUGCCAGAAGAGAAUUGUCCUGAUGAGCAAAUGAUGCCGGUUACUAUAUUUUCCCGUUUAUAUUCGCCUAUAUCUAACAGUCAAUUACAUAUUUUUAAUAAGUUUUUAAUCUAA